UUAAUUAUUAUUCAAUCGAAUCAGUAUUGUUCAAGUCUUGAGCAAGUGAAACGUUGAAAGGCGUUUGUAAAAUCAAUAGGUGUUUGUGCAUUUUACAGACAGGAAGCAGGAAGUCAUAUUGCUUCGUAAUUUCACGACAUGGCGGGAAAGGUCGCCAUCUUUUUCUUUCUAAACAUUUUCGGGCUCGUAUUAGGUAAAAGAUUAGUGCAAGUGGUGAUGUUAAGUAGGCAUAAUGUUCGAGCACCUCUAAUAGAGAAUUUGGAACAUUUUUCUCCAAACCCUUGGCCCGUGUGGACUUAUAAGCCUGGACAUUUAACAGCAAAAGGCGCACUGCUUGAAGAAUAUAUGGGAGAAUACAUAAAAAAUUGGCUUGAAAAGGAAAAGUUGUUGAGUGAAAGUUGUCCAGGUGAGAACGAAAUACACAUUUAUGCAAAUACUAGGCACAGGACGCGCGAAUCUGCGAAAGCAUUCGCUAGAGGUGCGUUCAGAAAUUGCAAUGUUACAGUGCACGUAAUAAACUCUGAAGAUAUGGACCCAGUUUUCAAUCCCGUCAUCCAUAACGCUUCAAGGGAAUUGAAAACUGAAAUAAUCAAAGAAAUGCAGCAGCAAUUAGACGAACUUCAAUUGCGAGAUUCUUAUUUAGAACUAGAAAACAUUUUGGAUUUAAAAAAAUCGCAUUCUUGUAAUCUCGAAAAUAUCUGCAGUUUUGCUAAUGUUAAGGAUGAUAUUUUUUAUGAAAUUGGAGAGGAACCGAACAUAAAAGGACCUUUGGCGCAAGGCAACAGCAUUGUUGACUCUUUUAUUAUGAGUUACUAUGAAGGAAUGCCAUUAGAUGACGUCGCUUGGGGCAAGAUCAAAACCUCCGAUCAAUGGAGAUCUCUUGCGAAAAUAACGAAGGAAAAUCAAAAUGUUCGUUUUAAUAGUACGAUAUUGGCUAAAGACGUAGCCAAACCGUUAAUAGAUUACAUAAAAAAAAUGUUGUUAAAAGACAGCCCGCCAAAGUUUACUUUGUUGCACGGCCAUGACGCAAAUUUAAAUUCAGUAAUGGCGGCAAUUGGCUUCACAGGUUUUGUGUUGCCAGAUCAAUACGAAACUACACCUUUAGGAGGUAAAUUAGUCUUCCAGAAAUGGCACGAUGAUGAAGAUAACCGAGAUUUGUUAAAGAUCGAUUUUGUUUAUCAGAGUAUCGAUCAACUAAGGAAAUGCACAAAAUUAUCUGAGGAAAAUCCUCCCCUGUGGGUACAACUGGAAAUUAAAGGAUGCCCUGUUGAUCAAAAUGGCUUUUGUGUAUGGGAAAAAUUCUUAACAUCUUUGAGUAUUUUAUGAUAAGCAACAAAAUGGACUCGUAUGUGUAUUUAUAUACGCAUGU